GGAUGUCUUGAGGAAUGCAGUCAGCCCCCUGGGAAAGUACAUAUCUGUGAGGCGCUCCCUGCCCGCCGCUUGCACUCGGCCGGCGCCCCGUCCCGCACGGAUCAACCCCGCUGCCCGGCAGCUCCGCUCCGCUCCCCCGGGGGCCGCGCCUGCGUCCGGACUCGGGGCUGUCCCGCAGCUUUUCAAGUUUUUCUUUCGGGAGCAGUUCGCGCGGGGACGCGCCCUAGCCCACCGCCACCAUGGAUGCCAUCAAGAAGAAGAUGCAGAUGCUGAAGCUGGACAAGGAGAACGCCUUGGACAGAGCCGAGCAAGCCGAAGCGGACAAGAAGGCAGCGGAGGAGAGAAGCAAGCAGCUGGAGGACGAGCUGGUGGCUCUACAAAAGAAGCUGAAGGCCACUGAGGAUGAGCUGGACAAAUACUCGGAGUCCCUUAAAGAUGCACAGGAAAAGUUGGAACUGGCUGACAAAAAGGCCACAGAUGCUGAGAGUGAAGUAGCUUCUCUGAACAGACGCAUCCAGCUGGUUGAGGAAGAGUUGGAUCGGGCUCAGGAGCGCUUGGCUACUGCCCUGCAGAAGCUGGAGGAGGCUGAGAAGGCUGCAGAUGAGAGCGAAAGAGGAAUGAAGGUCAUUGAGAAUAGAGCCCAGAAGGAUGAAGAGAAGAUGGAAAUCCAGGAGAUCCAGCUUAAAGAGGCUAAGCACAUUGCUGAAGAGGCUGACCGCAAGUAUGAAGAGGUGGCUCGUAAGCUGGUGAUCAUUGAGAGUGACCUGGAGCGCGCUGAGGAGCGUGCUGAACUAUCAGAAAGCCAAGUCCGACAGCUGGAAGAACAGUUAAGAAUAAUGGAUCAAACCUUGAAAGCAUUAAUGGCUGCAGAGGAUAAGUACUCACAGAAAGAGGACAAGUAUGAAGAGGAGAUUAAAGUUCUGACUGACAAACUGAAGGAGGCUGAGACCCGUGCUGAGUUUGCUGAGAGGUCAGUAACCAAGCUGGAGAAGAGCAUUGAUGACCUAGAAGAUGAGCUCUAUGCUCAGAAACUGAAGUACAAAGCCAUCAGUGAGGAGCUGGACCACGCUCUCAAUGAUAUGACUUCCAUGUAAAUGUCUUCCCAGCUUGUGCCCGCUCCUGCUUCCCUGCCCUCACUGAUUGCGUGGUACCGGCCUUGUGAAAUGAUGCUCCCUGUGUAGUGGGAGAUGCUUUCCUUUAGAGAGAAUAGGUGUGCAAAAUACCAUGAACAAUUGCUUUACCCUGGCAAAGUGUGGGUGAGUGUUGUGCCGAGCCUGGUAAAUACUCAUGGUGAUUUUGUAAGCUUGUGGUUACUCUUUCAUUAUGUCUGCAAUCCUUGAGUCUUGUGGUUGCCCUUUGUUUGUAGCUCUGUGUUUAUCCUUUCAGUUCACUUCUGUUCAAACAUAUCUACCAGGCCCAUCAUGUUCAUUUUAACAAAGAAAAUUGCCUUGGUACAUGUUGCAUUCAGAUUGUAUUCCUUUGCCUGCUGUCAAAGUUUUUGCUCUGGCAAAAUUCCUACAGAAACCUCAGAGAAAUGUAGGUUUUGCGAUGUUCUCUAUUAAUGACAGUAGGAAGUGUUUAUCUAAAUUUCCAUAGCUGCUCUGAAAAUUUCAGCUGUUAUCACUAAAUUACAAGCGUGGAAAUGGAUUUAAAAUACCUUGUCGCUUAAACCCAUAAAGGCGACAAUUGAAUUGUAGGUUGCUGCUGCAUAUUUUCUGGAUAGCAGUACUAAUUUCAUUUGCAUACACCAAAAAUGUGGUAAUACCAACUUUAGUCAUAAGGAGAAAAAUAAAGAGUGGCAGGAAAGCAGGAGAGUCAGCAGCUGUAAGGUGUGACUCAUUCAUGCGGUGUUUGACACAGACUGGACUCUGAACAGAGGUGAGCUGUGUUACCUCCCCCUUCCCGUGUUCAAACCCUUCACUCGCAUGAACACUGCAGCUGGCACGGGGGAGGGGAGGAGCUGUGGCUCUCAAGUGCUUAGGAGGUGCAAUGUUUGGUCUCAGCAUUCUGUUUUGGAAGCCCAAGCAUGCUUUCAGCAAGACAUAAGGUUUGCUUAGAGCUUGAAAUUUAUUUUGUGUGCAUCUGUAUUUUAAAAGUUUUUUUCUUCGUGUUUUUUUGGCCCCAUGUGUGUUCAUUACUUUCCUCCCUCUCUCUUCCAACAUUUUAGUAGAGGUCUAAUGUUGCCUGCUUUGUAUGCUUUGGUUUUUUGUUUUUAAAUUCCUUCCCAACAUGUGGUUUUAUUCAGUGGCUUAUCAAGCAAAUGGAUUUCUUUUUUCCUCCUCUGUAUACAGAGAUUACAAUAUUUCUUCAAUUGUGGAUAUUUCUAAGUGGAAAACAGACUUUAAAUUGUACUCUACUGGUACAUGAGGACAUGACCGUAGCAUUCUAGUCCCAGCAUGGUGUGCUGUUUCUCUAGCAUAGUCAUCUCAGCAUGCUGGGCUCUGCUGUGCCAUUGCUGCUUUUUUGGAAGUCUUUACUGCGCCUUUUUUCAUUUUCUACCUUAUCUCA